AUGUCCGGUGCUGGAGACACCACUGAGGGUGCAGAGAGUUUGACAGAGAAGGAAGAGAGUGAAGGCAGGAGCAAAAUUAUCUCGCAUCCCUACAAAGCCACCAUGGACGACAAUGAUGGAGAGGCUAAGGAAGGGGAAGAGGAAGAGGAGGAGGAGGAAGAAGAGGAAGAGGAUGGGGAAAUGGAAGGGGAAGAGGCAGAGGAAGAGGAAGAUGAGAUCGAUCCAGAGAUCCGUCGAAAGGAGGAACUCCGGGCGAGGAUGGCCAAGAUGAGUGGAGGCAUGGGUAUGCCAGCCCUGGGUCAGAAUAUGAUAAGCAAUGAGCAGGCCAUCUCGUCUUCUCGUGGUCCUUGGCAAGAUAAUAACAAUAAGAGUGACGAAGACGAAGAGAUCACAGAGUAUGAAGGUGACUAUGACACUGAUAUUGGAUCAUCAGUACCUCAUAAGGAUGCCUUAAAGUCAACAGCGCGCGAAUCCAGUUUCGAGGAGGACCUACAAUACGACCCCUAUAACCCCGCCGACGUCGUCGUCGAGCAACGCCACGAAGGGCCCCCUCGUACAUUGCGCCAAGACCAGCUAGAGCAAUCACAUGAACGUUUCGGACGAGCAAUUGCUGAUGCGGCCGCAUCUAAGAAAGACACCGUCGUGAGCGAUGGCACACCUCAAGGGCUCGUUUUAGACGCUCUACGGCCAUUCCAGGAUGCCCUUCGUCCUGUUGGUACACGAGCAUAUGGAGCACUAGUCUACGCAAACAUGGCCAAUGCUUCCACCAUUCAAAAUGACGAAAUUCGACCAGGCGAUAUCAUCUCGUUCCGAAACGCGCGCUUCCAGGGCAAACAUGGGCCAAUGCAUGCGAAAUACUCGGCUGAAGUUGGAAAGCCGGACCAUGCUGCGAUAGUCGCAGAAUGGGAUGGCACUAAGAAAAAGUGA